GUUCAUAUUUCAAACCAUUACCACAAUGCCGCCAAACCUCCUCCAUUUCCUCCUACCACUAACCCCCUACCCCCUCCUCGCCUGCGCCGCCCCACUCAACCCUAUUCUCCAACCACGCAUCCCCAUCACAACGUCCCCCUUAGACCCCUCAACCGACGAAUGGUCCUCCACCCUCUCUUCCAUCUCCCCCCUAAUCCUCCUAAUCGGCGAACGCACCACCAAGCAGGUCCUCCGCAACAUCCGUUCCCCCUCGCAAGCCUUUUCUCUCGCUUCCGCUCCUCUCGGCUUAUUAUCUAUCGUCACGUGCCUGAUACGUUUCUGCGGGGUUAAAGAACUAAGAUCUUGGAUCGGAUAUGAACUUGAGGCCAGGAAUGUGGUGGGGUUGGAGGUGUGUAGGGUUAAUUGUGGGGGCGUGAGCGCGCAUUUGAGUGGUGGGUGGGUUGUUAGGACGGCGGGAGGAGAGCCGGUGACUAGGUUGGUGGGAGUUGCAAUUUUAGAGGGGAGGGAGAGAGGGGUGGAGCGAAGUGCGUUGGAGAGGGUUAGAGCUUGUGAGGCGUUUGAGGGGGAGAGGUGUAGGAGGGGUGUUCCGGAUGGAGUUGUGGGUGUGGAGUGGGUGAUGCAUAUCACGAGUAAGGAGGUGGGAAGGGAGACCGUAGAAGCUGUUUUGAAGACUGUAGCCGAGGCCGUUGGAGUUUCCGAUGAGGCAUUUGAGUUUCGACAGGCUUUGAAGGCUGCGUUCCUCUACGAAGUGGAGAAGGAAGAGAUGGCCGCCGUAACCAACUUUUCAAGCCCGAUUGAGGAUACGAUCCAAGCUCUGCACCAAAGAAGCGAAUGGACUCUAGUUCCCAAAGGCAAUCCCAAAAAGGGCAGUCAAAGGGAUUCCGUCGAAAUUUCGGUCCUUGAGGUGGCGCCUACUAUCUCUAAGGAAGACGAAAAGAUCGCCGCGCCAUUCUGGAACUUCACCUUCAUGAGCACCUUCGAUGCGGUCUCUGAAUUCACGACAAGCACUCCCGUCUCAAGCAGAUCUUCAAUCACAAUUGGUUUACUCUCCCUGGUGGGUAUUCUAACAAUACAUGUUGUGGAGCUUUGGAGCCUUUCCUGGACAAUAUCAACUGGCUGGAUUCUCGUGAUGAUUGGGUACAUUGGCAUCGUCUUCAGUGUCACUUGUGCAGCCAUCCUCAUUCAUCGCUCAUGUGUGUGCAUCAAACUUGAUACUGGCAAACCGCAGACCCCUACUCGCUGGAAUGAAGGGAUGGUCGUCUCAGUCAAGAAUACAGACUCAAUGGACACCACUGGCAGCAAUUUUGUCUCGAGCUCCUCGCACCAUCAAAAUCUCGAAGCUGUGUGGAUCAAACCAUCCACCCAACAUGAACGGAUUGUUGCAUCUGGUGUCGCCGUAAUUCUUGUGCUGGCUUUCAUCAGUCACUACUUAGGUCUUCGAGCCAUGAAAUGGUGGGCAAGCGUUGGUGAGCUCGGCAUUUGCUUGUUAGCUUCUUUCGCAAGGUCAGUUUCAAAUAACCGGCAAAGUAGGUUCAAGGUUAUGGAAGGAGUCAAAGUCGAUAAACGAUGCAUGUCAACCGGAGUGAUUCGCACACAGACUUCAAGGCUAGUCACUAAUCAGCCGAGAGAGACGAGUCGCAUACUUGACACGAGAGCAUACUCGCCACGAAGCUACAGCCAGCCUCCAACCACUGGGGAAAGGGUGGCCUUCCAAACAGCAAAGCUCAUGCUCAAGGACUCUCAACUCCGCGGACAUCUCAAAAAGCUCACAGGAAUGUCCUUGAAUAUUUCCCACUCGGGACAAAGCCCUACUCAACGCGCCAUUCUGGCCUCCUUCUCUGGCGGCAUCCUCUUAUCUGAAGGCAUCGGCUUCCCCAACGCGUACCUUUGCAUCGCAUUUCAAGCCUCGCCUUCAGAUCUUGCAUCCCCGACAGCUCUGCUUGCUCGAGCAAUCAUGCGACAGCCUGAAUGGGUGCUUACGCACUCAGAAUUCGGAAAAGGCAUUCCACUUGGAAAUGUGUAUAUCUUCAGUAUUCAAUCAAUGAUGGAUUGGUGGACGUUGAGUGAGGAUCGGAAUGAUAUGGGUGAUAUUCAGAAAAAUCUGCACUGGCCGAUGUUUUUGGUUAAUGUUGCUUUCUUUCUGGAAGUGUUGGAAAUGGAUGAUGUGGAAAUGAUUGGCAAGGUGGAGGAGGCGAGUGGGGAGGAUGAGAGUGAGAGAAAGACUGCUGAGGGUGUUGUUGAGUUUCUGAACACAGCUUUUGAGGCGAUAUAGCUGUCCUUCCCGACAUUCUCUCCUCGCCAACACCGCUCGCCGACUCCUCCGCUCUCUCUUUCAAUCUCCAAGAACGCCGAAACUCCGGUUGCUACUGCGGCUCCCGCACAUCCUCUGGCCUCUCGAUCUCCGGAGAUUGUGUCAGAAACGAAUUAUAUAACUGUACGGAGCAAUUCAGCAUGAGGAGGUGGCGAUGAGUUGUUUGGUUUGUGAUCGCAGUGCCAGGAUGGUUAUGAUUCUUGUUUAUUGCGAUUACCGGGGCUGGGGCCUAUUGGGCUGGGGAGAUAGGUGGAAUUAUGAGGGCGAUGAUAAAGUUGGGUGAUGAUACAGAAGAACCAAAGCGCCAUAUACGAUCGAAUAUAUGACCAUCUAGAAGGAGAUCUAUCUUGCAAUCUAUUUUGAAUUACAUUAUCCAGCUGAGCAUUUUGAUCCAGACCAAAGCUAUACUGAAGUCUUUCUCAGCCACGCCUCGCUCUAUGUCCCAGGCUAUCUCCGAC